GUAGGAACGCAUUUUUCAGGUAGCCCCGAGCUGGUAUUGUGUGCUAUCUAGGACGUAGCGCAGAUGGGGGUAUGAGGUAUUGGUGGGGUAUUAUAGGAGGGUACCUAGUAUGUACCUACUAUAUAAGGUACGUACUUAGGUUAAGGGCGGCGGAGGUAAGAGGUAAACAGAUCGGAGUAGGUUGUAGGAGGGAGGUCCCCCCCUGCCAACCCGUGCGUACGCGCACACGCACAGGUAGAUAUAUUUAUAUAUAUUUACAUGCAAAUUUUGCAAAAAUAGGCAUUUGUCUCGUGGAACCUUUGCUUGCCCUUCGGCCGCGCAUCCGGCGCCUCUCCAUUACACUAGGUUUCUCCCUUGGUUACCCUUGGCUACCCGUUGCGAGAGCGGAAAAGAGGGGGAGGAAAUUUCACGAGCGAGGUUACCCGGGAGCAAGAGGAGAACAGAGAAGAGGGGACACGCGGUGAAAAUAUGGCAGGGAAUCGAGUCGAGGAGAGAGAGAAAAAAAAAGUUUUGGUGCGCGUGCGGAGCAAAACGGAUGAGAAGUAACCUAGCAGGGGAUUGUGCAGGGAUGACACGGUUCAGGCCUUGAAUGUACGUAACUACAAUACUACGUAGUACAUCUACGUAGGUACCUAAGCCUCAUCGGCACCCAACGGCCCCCAUCUCACCCUCUCCAUCCGGCCUGCCCAUAGUAUAUACCUACCUAUAUACAUUGGAGGUCGACGACAUGGGCUCGCUCACCCAAGCUCACACCCAUCGCCGUAUCGUCUCGGUGGAUUUUAGGUCUUAGUUCCCCCCCCAUUCUCACAUCCAUGAUCCGGAUAUGACCUCACUGGAGCAUGGAUGCUCUGCACCCUCCAGUUAUCGCACAUAUUUGUACGUACAUACGUCUACGUCUCCAUACAUAGGCUGCGGUGCAUAGUGCAGACUCAUCCAGAAUGCCUCUUCUAUGUGUACCUCGGGUACCUAGCCGGCUACAUGCAUCCCGCAAAACCACUUCCCCCCCUGGCCCAUUGACCGUUGCUUUUGUGUACGGACACACACACACACACACACACACACACACACACACACACACACACACA